GAUAAUGUAAUAUAUAUAUAUAUAUAUAUAUAUAUAUUUAUGUAUAGAUCUUUUUUUGUGUUCUUCCCGCAAAAACGCACACAGGCUUUGGAAUAUCUGGCGCUGGAGUGAAAACGAAGGGUUGCUCUCUGUGCAAAACUACUGUGAAUUAUACGCAAAAAUGCGGGUUAAUGAUUAAGCUGUGGAGAGAAGCCCAUUAUGUCCAUGGAAAUGGAAAUGCAGCAUGGUCAACGCCUGAUUAUUCCUUUGUGCCUUCCCGUCUCUCCAACGUUUCCUCCACCGGGCUCAUAACUCCGGCGCAGGACGUGGAGUAAAUAAGAACAAAUAGAUUUAAAACACUUCAGGGACAGACUUCAAUCGCAUUGGUAACGAUGUAUUAUUUUUUUCCAUGCACACUACCUCAUUUGGUUGGGGGAGGAGGAGAGGCAGCCACUUGAUUUGAACUGGUUUUCCAAGGCGCUACUUCAUUUGCAUAAUUUUUCUUGUCUAUGGUGACGCUCUGGUUCGGGGCAGUUCACUGGUGUCUGCAUGGUACUGGUGAAGGAUCACAUAGUCCAGCAUAGACCUGGCAUGAGUUUAAUAUUGCUAUGAAGUCCUGGCCAUUGCUUUGUAGCAUGACGAUACAUUCAGUCUUGGGGCAAGAUAACUCUUAUCUCGCUGACCUGAGUGCUCACGCCUGCUUUCGUAAUCUCGGUUUACCCAUCCACGUCGAGUAGGAAAAAAAGAAAAGGACAGGAGGAAAGGGGUUUCUCUCGGCUCUUCCCUUUUUUGUUUUGGCUACUUAUGCCUGCUCUAUGGCAGGGCGCAGUCUGCUGCUCCUGCUUCACCCAGCAAGCCCUGCCUUUAAACUUUUCUCUGGAUUAAUGCUUUGAUCGAUUUCGUCGCUGAAUGAGAAAAUAUUGCUCGGUGCUCUGCAUUCGUCGUCAGAGGAUAAGGUUCACCCGAGGAGGCCAUUGGCGGAGAGGCGUCACGUGACCACGGGGUGCCAAUGUUAUUCUACAAGGGUGUCAAGACCCUGUCAGUUUCUGAAAUAAAUAUUGGGAAACGGCGAGAUGCAAAAGGCAACCUACUACGACAGCUCUGCAAUUUACAGUGGCUACCCAUAUCAAAGCGCAAAUGGCUUCAGUUAUGAUGCCAAUCAGGUCCAAUAUCCCCGGGCCUCUCAUGUGGAAAGUGAGUACCAUCGACCUGCCUGCUCCCUGCAGUCUCCUGACGGCUCCGUGGCGCUGCAGAAGCCGGGGGAGAUGGCGGAGAGCUGCGACAGGAGCGCAGCUAUUCAGGCGGCGCAGUCCAAGGUUCAUCCUGAAAGCAAUCAAGCGCAGGUGCCGGUAUCAGGCCCGCCCCCUCCCUCGCAAUCCCCCGGUGCCGUCAGCCAAAACACAAGCAACGGGUCCAGCCAGCCCAGUGCCAAGAACGGCUCCCCGACCUCUGCUGCUCGGAACAAACAGAUCUUCCCCUGGAUGAAGGAAUCUCGCCAGAACACCAAGCAGAAACCCACCAGUAGCUCCAGUUCAGUGGAGAGUUGCCCCGGAGACAAGAGUCCUCCGGGGUCAGCAGCGUCCAAGCGGGCCAGGACGGCUUACACCAGCGCGCAGCUCGUGGAGCUGGAGAAGGAGUUCCACUUCAACCGGUACCUCUGCAGACCCAGGAGGGUGGAGAUGGCCAACCUGCUGAACCUCACGGAGAGACAGAUCAAGAUCUGGUUCCAGAACCGCCGGAUGAAAUACAAGAAGGAUCAGAAGGGCGUCGGGAUGAUGCCCUCCCCCGGCGGACAGUCCCCUCGCAGCCCAGUGGGCCCGGCUUCCGGUGGCGGCGGCGGGGGAGGCGGAGGAUACCUCAACUCUAUGCAUUCUCUAGUAAACAGUGUACCGUAUGAAUCGCAAUCUCCGACGUCUUACAGCAAACCUCAUCAAAACGCAUACGGCAUGGCCACGUCAUAUCCCCCUCCUUUGAACAGCUCCCUCAGCAACUGCCCGCCCUCCCAGAAGCGGUAUCCCGGGACCGACUCGGCCACGCCCGAGUAUGACGCGCACCCUCUCCAAGGCAAUGGCAACUACGGGACGCACAUGCAGGGUAGCCCCGUGUAUGUCGGCGGUGGUUACAUCGACUCGGUGCCCAAUUCCGGGGCAUCUGUUUUCGGGCUGACCCACCUCCCGCACCCGCCGUCUGCAAACAUGGACUACAAUGGAGCAAUCACAAUGGGCAACAGUCAGCAUCACGGAGUGUGUGAUCCGACACCGACGUACACAGACCUAACGCCGCACUACUCUCAGGGAAGAAUCCAGGAAGCGCCCAAACUGACGCAUCUGUAGCCGUGGCGCUGCCUGGAUCACUCCGCCCAUUGUCUUAUCCACCUCCAGACACAUCACUGCUUUUUUCCUGCGCCUUCUCGUGGCUUCCACCUUCUCUCUGCGUUGUUUAUGUUCUCUAUAGUUUGAUGCGUGAAGUAGCGUAGGAUCAAUAAUCACGACUUGUUUAAUUUUUUUCUCUAUUUGCUCGUGUCAUUGUCUCACAUAGGCCUUUUUCUGGACAUUAGGACGUCUAGAGAGAGAGAGGGGGAGGAGGGAGGGACGUAUAUGCAUAGGCCUAUUUAAUCAUUUUUAAACUCUUCUUUUCAAUUGAAACUCAAACAGGGUAUUAUGAACAUAUGCUAUUCAUUUAAUGUGAAUUUGUCCGUUUUCUUUUAUUUAUCCGCAGUUGAAGAAUUGUGAUUUGCAUUUUGUUGCACUUGUGAAAGGAUCCUUCAAGAGCCACGAGCUGGGAUUAUGAGGGAAACACAUUUUCAAAAACAAGGGUCACGAUCUUACACGCGGCCUCCCUUGCAUUGUGUUUUGUUCUAUUGGACUAAUCUAAUGUUAUUUAUUUUGUUCAGUGCAAAGAUAAAAGGGUCCUUUAGUAUUUUUUGACACCCCUGCGAUGUUUGUGUGGGGACAAGGUUGGUGGAUUUAGCUUCUCGGCCCCUAUUCCAGCUCAUACAUGUAGUGUGCAGCAGCAGUGCACCGUGUUGAUAAUAUAGGCCAUGUUUUCAUGUUUUUCCUUCGAGGAGGUGUUUCACUUUCUCAGCGAAUGUAAAAUCAAUCAGUCAUGCAAUAAGAGUGGAAAGAAGGACACACGUGUUUUGUUUAUUGCAGAAAAAAGAAACCGACAUCAUCAUUUUA